CAUGGUUUGGUGUGGUAGCGCCCCCUUCUGCAGAGAGAUCAGAUCGCAUCUCCCUCCUCCCCCCUCUGAUCAACAACACAGGCGCUUGCACAGAGAAGCAAAAUGGCCGAUAGUAAACUAACCGAUCUCACAUCGCUCGACAGUCAUCAAGAGGUUAUGCAUGUUUUGUUUAAAGCUUAAAGACUACAUACAAACUACAGGAUAUUUACAUGUCCAGCUCUUUUCUAUAAUUAACGUUUUACCUUUUGGUGAAUUUCCUUUAUUCUUCUAUUUAGCCUUGAACGCCUCGAAGAACUAGCUCGCUCGCUAGCUUAGCAAGCCAGUCAGCUACAGUACCUUAGGUCUGCAAGAAUUUUGCACAGAAGCACUUUAUGUAGUUUGUGAUUCCUGAGACAGGAGGAUCAGGAAAGGGAACAGCAGUUCAUGGAAGACAAGAAAAAGAAGAAAGAGGAUAAAAAGAAAAGGGAAGCCUCCCAGAAGGUACUGUCUGCCUCGGUGACUGAACAGAAAAUCAAAGUGCCAGAAUCAAGCAAGCCCCCCUCCACCCAGACGCCAGCCACCCCAGGCUCAGUGUCCCCUAGCCCUGGCCCUGCUCCUCCCUCGUCCCCCUGCCCAGCAGCCGGGGUCGCGGUCCCUCCGGCCGGGAACAAUGCAAAGCGGGCUGCUGUGGCCAACGGACAGCCCCCCUCCUCUGGAACUCAACCCCCCCAGCAGCAGCGCUACAUGCCCCGGGAGGUGCCCCCGCGAUUUCGCUGCCAGCAGGACCAGAAAGUGCUACUGAAGAGGGGCCAGCCCCCGCUGUCCUCCAUGCUGCUGGGAGGAGGCAGUGGGAGGGGAGCCACCCCCCCGCUGCAUGGAGAUGCAGCCGGAGCCACAGAUCCCAACCUGGCUUCAUCCUCAUCGUCACCCCCUCACUCGUCAUCAUCCUCAUCUUCAGUUGCUGCUUCUUCUCCUACUACUACUACUACUUCAACUUAUGCAAAUUCCACAUGGGGGGCGGGCUCUGGCAGCCAGCCCCCUUCUCAGGGCUGGGAGAAGGUGAUUGUGGACGGGUCUGACCUGGAGGAGUGGCCUAGCAUCGUGGCCAGGGCCAGAGUGAGCCCCGAGGGAGGGGAGGGAGCGGAGCUGGACGGCCCGAACAGCAGCAGUGCCUCGUGGAGUGAGAGAAGCGUCCAACAGCCGAAAGGAGGAGGAGGAGGAGUAUCUGGAACGGGAUCCGGGAGCUCCGAGAGUCCCUCUCCGCCUCGCUCCUCUCCUCUGUCCGCCUCGUCUUCGCUCAAUGAAUGUGUGCCGUCCGGCGCCGCGUGGGGCGCCCCCCCGGCCCAGGCAGCCGGGGCCGGGGGGGUUGUUGAGGGUGGGCCGGCAGCAGCAACAGCUCUCUACAAUUCCAAAGUCUCCCCUCUCCCUGGCUCUCAGGAGGGCCCCGGGGGGGUCAGCAGCGGUGGGGGCCUCGGUGCCAACUUCCACCCCAACGCCAACCCCUCCGCCUGGCCCGCCCUGGUGCAGGAUGGGACCCCGGCGGGGGUCGUCGGAGGUGCGACCGAGGGAGGGUCGCCGUCAUCCUCAUCCUCAAUCACACCUUCAUCUUUCUCUGCCAGCACCGCUCAACCUCUCCCCUCUGUGAAUCCAUCCGGCCACCGUCAGCAGCACCUGCUCCAGGACAGGCCUACCUCGGACGCGGAGCAGCACUGGGGAGGGGGACUGGGGCCGGAGAUGGGAGUAGGUGGACCGGGACCAAAAACUGGAGGUGUAGAUGGUAUAAUGGACUGUGGGGCAGGAGGAGGAGGGAGUGGGAAUCUCUCUGGCUCAUCAUCUUCUUCCUCUUCAACUUCCUCAUCGUGGAGAGCGAUGCCUCCGCCCUCCUCCUCCGACCUCAACACAGGUGCCUCUAAGACUGACGGGUGGGGAGGAGGAGGGGGAGGUGCUCAGGGGCAGGAGGGGAGUGUGUGGGGCUUCAGCAGCCAUGGCGACAAGGCAGGGUCGGCGGGAGACAAAGGGUGGGGAAGAGGCAACGAGGGUAGCUCAAAUACCCCAGCGGUAUCUCAGGGAGCUUGGGACAGAGGCCCAGAGGGGGAGUAUGGGUCGGCAGGUGUCGGAGGAGGUUCCGGUAACUUAGCAACGGGAAGUAGCGGAGGAGGUCGAGGCGGGAGCAGCAGCAACAGCAGCAGCAGCGGAGCUAGCGGUGGAGGAGGAGGAGUAGGAGGAGGAGGCGGGGUUUCCCAGGACUCUGCAUCUCCGACGUUUGCGACUAUGACAAGAGCUUGGGACAAUCAGAAGCCAGUGGAAGCUGUGGAGGGAGGGGUAGAGGAGUGGGGAGGCCAGGGAGGAGGAGGAGGGGUGGGGGGAGGCUCCAGGGCGGGGAGCGGUGACCCGAACAAUCAGCAGGAGCACUCCAGCCACCGCCACCGCUCUCAACCGGGCCCCAACGCUGAAGUGGCCUUACAGAGCAUGCUCAGUCGCACCGACCUUGACCCCAGGGUGUUGUCCAACACCGGGUGGGGGCAGACCCAGAUCCGUCAGAAUGUGGCCUGGGACCUGGAAGCGCGAUCAGGAGGAGGAGGGGGGAGAAGUGAUGGAUGCAGUUCAUCCUCGUCUACUUCCUCGUCAUCCACCAUGAACACCGGUCGUGGGCCGACUUACCCCCCGAACACAGGUUCAAAGACUACUGAUCCAUCUGCUGGGGCCCACAUGGCCCACACAAACCAGGGUCUAGGCCCUGGUCCAGCCAGGGAUGGCUGGGAGGGUGGAGGCGGUGCUCCGCAGCCAGGCCGUGCACCACUGCCUGGGGCCAACAGCAUGCGGAAACCUGGAUCCCUCGGAGAAGAACCAGAAGGCAAGAGUGCUGGAGGCUGGGGUGACGUUGGGCCGUCUGAGGGGCCAGGAAAAGGCUGGGGGAGCGAGGAUCAAGAGUGGGCUGGUGACCGUAGAGGAGGUGGAGGUGGAGGAGUUGCAAGGGGUAACUGGAGAGAGUUUGGAGAACAGGGUAGUGGAGGAGGAGGAGGUGGUCGAAGUGGCUGGGGAGGAAAUCAGGAGGAGAAAGGGACAGUGGGUUGGAAGGAGAUGGGAAGAGGGGAAGGUGGAGGUUGGGGACAGAGAGGAGGAGGUGGGGGAGAGAGAGGAGGAGGUGGGGGAGAGAGAGGAGGAGGUGGGGGAGAGAGAGGAGGAGGUGGGGGAGGAGACUGGGGGCAGAGAGAUGCCAAGCCAGUAAGUGGUGGAGGAUGGUCAGAUGGGAGGGGCCGAGGUGGAAGCAACUCCGACGACAGUUCCUGGGGUAAAAUGGAUGAGGGAGGCCCACAGAGAGGUUGGGGAGGUGGAGGAGACCGAGGGGGAGGAGACCGAGGGGGAGGAGACCGAGGGGGAGGAGACCGAGGGGGAGGAGACCGAGGGGGAGGAGACCGAGGGGGAGGAGACCGAGGGGGAGGAGACAUGGGUGGAAAAGGCCACCAGGACUGGGGGGGCGGGAAGCCGCACACAGCACAGAUACCAAACAGCCAAGCGGCAUCACUUAAAGCCCCAAAUCAACAGCAGCACCAAUCACAGACCCAACAGCCACCACCAGGGUCCAUGCAGGGGGGCUGGGGCCGCUCCGGAGGACCCCAACCCCAGAGCCAGAACCAAAGCCCGGGCUGGAUCGUCGGCCCCAUCCCCCAGAUCCCUGGAGAAGCCCUGGAGCCCAGCGGCUGGGAGGAGCCCUCCCCUCAGUCCAUCAGCCGCAAGAUGGAGAUUGACGACGGGACGUCUGCGUGGGGCGACCCCACUCGCUACAACAACAAGAAUGUCAACCUGUGGGACAAGAACAGUGCCUCCCCUGGCCAGACGCAGCCACUGCAAGGCCAGGCCCAGCAGGCUCCGCCCCCUCAGCAGCAGCAGCCGCCGCCCAGGAGACAGCAGGGGAUCCCACCCAACAGGGACGCCAACCCCGCCACCGCUCCCGGCAUGGGCCCAGGUAUGUGGGGAGGGAGCAGCAACAUGGCAGGACAAUCUGUAGACAACGGCACGGCUGCCUGGGGCCAGUCCACCGAGCCCGCGGGCUGGGGCGACCCUGAGGACCCCAGCAAGGCCGGCGGCUGGAGGAACCCCUCGCCCAACCCCGUCAAGUCUGUCUCCAAGUCGGUGGGGGAGGGCUGGGGCAAGGGGGAGGGCUCUGUGUCCGCCUCCCGGAACCCCAGCUGGGAGGACGAGGACGACGGGGGCGGGGUCUGGAACAGCGCGGGCCAGCAGGGCAGUAACUCCUCCUACAACUCAGUCGGCUGGAACCAAGGCCACGGGGGCAAGAGAGGCAACAUCAAGGGUGGAGGAGGAGAGAACUGGUUGAAUCCUAUGAACCGCCAGUUCUCCAACAUGGGCCUUCUGGGCGACGACCCGAGUGUGGACAAGAAGCUGGACGGCGAUCGGAGGGGGAUGAGCGACUACAACGGAGAGAUGCGGCGAGGAGGGAGAGGGGGAGCAUACCGUAUGACCAGUUCCAAAGAGCCUGGAGACAUGGGGCCUUACGGUGACAAGGUGGCGGGUCACGGUGUGUACGGAGGCGGCAGCGGAGGGAUGCCCCCGCCACGGGGGAUACCCCAGCCUGGCAUGCACCCCAUCAACCCCUCCCAGGGGCUCCGUGCCCAAGUGCCUCAUCAGUUCCUGUCCCCUCAGGUGCCAGGCCCCAUGCUGAAGCAGAUGCCGUCUCCGGGCAGCGGCGUGGGGGGGGUGGGAGGUGUGGGGGGCGUGGGGGCAGGGGUGUUCCCCCCUCAGCUGUCCCCCCAGCAGAUAGCAGUGCUCAGUAACAUCUACCCCCACGUUCAACAGUUCCACCUGGCUUGUCAGCUCCUGCUACAGCAACAACAACAGCAGCAGCAGCAGCAGCAGCAGCAGCUCCUGCAGAACCAGAGGAAGUUCCCCCAGCCCCAGCCUCUCCGUCAGCAGGCAGACCCCCAGCAGCUGGCCAGGAUCAUGGCCAUCCUGCAGCAGCAGAGACAGCAGCAGGGCGGCGUGGGAGGAGGGGGAGUCGGGAGCUCCAAACUGUCCCCGUCUCAUCUGGGGGGGUCUCAGUCCAAGCAGCCCAUGGGAGACUCCCUGUCGCACACCGGCGGGGGGGGCCCCUUGUCAGACCUUCAUGCCAAAUCACAGGGGAUGUACUCCGGUCUGGCCCCCGGGGGCAGCUUGUCAGGCCUGGAGCUGGGCUCCAUGAUGGGGGGGGUGGGGGGCAUGAAGGACGGAGGGGGGCAGCAGUCCCGCUUCAAGUGGAUGAUGGAGGGCCACUCCCCUGCCCCCUCUCCUCCAGACACAGCCCAUCACAAGAACGGUCCUCUGCCCAACCCCAUCAAAGCCCGGGGUGGUUCCCCGUACUCCCAGUAUGAGCUGCUGGGGGGCGAGGGCCUGGGGAUGCCCCCCCAGUGCCCCUCAGACUGGCAGCGGACCCCAGGGAGCAAGAUGAGCACCAAGACUGGCACCUCCAGUUGGCCUCCAGAGUUCCAGCCAGGCGUGCCCUGGAAGGGGAUCCCGAGCGCCGACCCGGAGUCUGACCCCUACAUGACCCCCGGCAGUGUGCUGGGCUCCCCCGGACCGCCCAGCCUCAACGACUCAGACCACCAGUUACUGCGAGACAACACAGGGCCGAACCCUUCCCUCAACACCUCGCUGCCUUUACCAGGUGCCUGGCCCUACAGUGCCUCAGACAGCCCCCUCGGCAACGCACAUAGCACAGCAAAGUACUCCGACUACAAGCCCAGCUGGCCCCCUGAGCCCAUUGGACACAACAAGCUGUGGAAGACCAAUCGCAACAGCUCCCAGCUGCCACGCCCCCCUCCGGGCCUCACCAGUCAGAAGCAGGCCUCGCCCUCCCCAUGGGGCAGUGGAGGCCCGCGAUUGGCCAGCAGCUGGGGCGGAGGCAGGGGCAGUCAGGACUCUCAGUCCAGAUUUGGGCCAGGUACGGGCUUAGGCUCGGCGUGGAGUGAUGGCACGGCCUCCAGGGGCAGCUGCUGGCUGCUGCUUAGCAACCUGACCCCUCAGAUUGAUGGCUCUACCUUGAGGACUAUCUGCAUGCAGCAUGGCCCCCUGCUGACCUUUCACCUCGGCCUGACCCAGGGCAGCGCUCUGAUUCGCUACAGCACCAGACAGGAAGCAGCCAAGGCCCAGGGUGCACUGCACAUGUGCGUCCUGGGCAACACCACAAUCCUGGCGGAGUUUGUGAGCGAGGAGGACGUGGCUCGCUAUUUUGCACAUUCCCAGGCGGGAGGGGCAGAGGGGGCCGGCCCGGGGGUCACGGUAGGGUCGGGUCAGGGGUCAUCGGGGCCGGGCGCGGCCGUGGCCAGCAGCGGAGGCAGCUCCCCGGGGAGUGAGCGAGGCGGAGGAACGACUACGGGUGGAAACGGAGGAGGAGGCGGAGGAGGAGUUCUAGGUAGUGUGGGCUCAUCCAGCUCCGGCUGGCAAAGUCUGGAUGGUACGAUCAGCUCCCCGGAGGUGCCGGCGGCCCAAGGACCUGGUCUGGGCGUCUUCGCCCAGUGGAGCACCAACGGGGCUGGGGACGGGGGAGGGGGGCUGGGGGGAGGGGAGUCGAGCAGGGCAGGGCUCUGGGGUGGGGUGACGCCUGGGUACUCCGGCAGCAGUCUGUGGGGCACACCCCAAAUGGAGGACAGGCACCAAAUGGGCAGCCCCGCCGCCCUGUUGCCUGGCGACCUUCUGGGUGGAGGGGCUGACUCCAUCUGACACGCGCCCUUUAUAUAAGUAUAUGUUUAAGACACACUGACGCAACUUACACUGGGAAUCACACACAUCCAAGCACAUACAUAUGUAUACAAAUACACACAUUCAGUACUCAUUACAUAUGUACGUUUAUACAUACACACAACGUACAAGCAGAAAUGUGAGACAUGCUUACACACAUUCUCAUGGCCAGACUUAAGCUACUAUAUAUACAAAUGCAGGGACUGUUAGAUGUGUAUAAGGCCUUUUUCCACAGAUGAAGAUUUCAACUGCUAGACUUGAACCUGAAAGAAAAAAAAACACACAAAAAAAAAACAAGUAAAGUCAGUCAGUCCGAGAGACUGGCUGGAUGUCGUCGUGCUUAGUAGGGGGACUUGAGACAGAUUUACAUACACAUGCACACACCAAAUACAGAGGAGCCUUCAGACAGACGGUCACUGUAGAACAGCAUUACCUGUCUGCCGUCACGCAGGAUCCACUGUGUGGCGCAGACUCAACAGGCAGUUCCCAUUCACGUCCCUUAAAACGGAGACUGAAUCCAAACACAUGCAAACAACACUGCUCUGAUUGACAACUGAACUGUAUCUUACCGUGUAUGUCCAGUUUGUUUUUCUGUUGUUUGUUUGUAUGGUUGUUUUCAUUUAAUUUUUUUUCCGAACAGUGGAUAUACUGAAAAAUGUCAUUGUUUUUUUUUUCAAGAUGCUGACCUCCUACUGUUGUUCUCUCAGCUCUCUUUCUCACUUCUUUCUCUCUCAAUCACGUUUGUUACUGUUACUAUGAUAAUUGUUGAAUACUUCUGGCAGUAUGGGGCUGUGAUGUGUUCUCCAUGCGUGCGGGACACAUACUAAGGAAGUCCACAGUACGCGAACAACGUUUCUAUGAGUGAGAAUGAGACCAAGUGAAUAAAGCGUCGCUGCGUGUGUGAGUAUGUGAGGAUGGUGUACGUGAGCAUGUUACUGCCUGUCUUGUUAAGAGUGAGCAAGGCUGCUUAAGAAGGUCUAUACAAAAACAAUGUUUUGAGUGCAUUCGGUAUACUGCUGACUGUAUGUUCCAAGAAAUAUUGGCACUAAUGCUUUGAUUGUUUUUUUUGUUUUGUUUUUUCCUCAUUUUAAGUUGUGCGUUUUUUAGCAGAAAUUGUCUUUUUUAUCGUCCGACCUGCAAUAAUAAAAAGAACAUUUUAAUGACAAAGAGCUGAAGGCAUACGCAUUGAGUAAAAGGACAUGCCAAAUCUUAUCAAACUGUGUGGAGUGGGGGCGGGUGGGGAGGGACAGGGUUGUUUACAAAUGCAGAUAAAGAGUUACCGUACGUUUUUAUGUUUUGUUGUUGUGUUUUAAAUUAAGACAGGCUUUAACACUCCUGUUCAGUGUUUUCGUUUUGAGAUUUUACAAAGGAAAAAAUUUAUUUAAACAAAAAGAGAACAAGAUUAAUAAUAAAGAUGAAAGUAUUGGCUUCA